AUGUCGACACGCGCAGCGGUAGCAACAGUCGGUCUCAAGGCUAAGCUAGGAUUGAUCCAGGUCCCCACCAUCACGCCCACGGGUGAACAAGUUCGUGUCCGCGUGGAGUGGACGGCGUCGACGCCGUUGGAUCUGCACCAGAAUGAUGGCGGCUUGCUGGUUACGCAUCCACAGGUGCUAGGGGAUGGUACAGCGGGUACGAUUGUGGAGGUAGGGCCUGGUGCGAAGAGACUGAGGGUUGGCGACAAGGUGUUGGGUUCACGUGGAGGAGUCAGGCGGAGAAGAGUCAGCAGGAGUUUGUCACGGUGGAUGAGUGGCAGCUUGCGAAGGUUGGUUUGUGGCCAGGGUUUUGCUUCACGUGUGCUGAGCAUGAGAGAGCUAUCAGAGGGUUUUACGCUUCCAGAGGCGGUGACGCUGCCGAACAACUUUGUCACUGUGUUCCACGCCCUGACCACCGACUUGGGUGUCGAGCUGCCGUGGCCGAGGCCGGACGCCUGUUCGCCUGCGAGUGCUCACAGUCCAUUUCUGGUCUGGGGUGGUUCGUCAUCCGUAGGUCAGUUUGCGAUACAGAUUCUGCAGUACUAUGGCUACACCAAUAUCCUAGCUACUGCUUCGCGCAAGCAGCACCACAAGCUGCGCCGCCUUCGUGCUAAGGCUUUGUUCGACUACAGCGACGACGGCAUUGUAUCUUCCUUGCUUCGAGAAGGGGGUGAUGCCGGCAUACCACUGAUCCUGGACUGCAUUGGGAGCAAAUAUGGGAGCAUUGUACCCAUCUCUCAAGUUGCGAAGAAUGGCGCCAAGAUUGCGAUCCUGCUCCCUGCUAUUGUGCGAGACUCGAGCGAGACGGAAGCUCCUGAAUAUGAGAUGGACGUUCAGAAAGUAGCAGACUGGGAGAAAGGCGUGGAUGCUCGCGGUGUCAGGACACACUUCUAUGCCGAGAACGAGUUUUUCAAACAUCACCUCCAAUCCGACAUCAUGCCUACGAUGCUGAAAGACGGCAUUGUCGAACCGCAAAGGCAAAAGGCUGUCGACGGUGCGACACUACUGGAGAGAGCGCAAAAGGCAAUGGACAUGUUGAGACGAAAGGAAGCCAGCAUGGAGAGGUUGGUGUGGCGCGUUAGCGAUACGGACGCAUGA